AGGACGAAGGACAACGGAUUCAUUUCUCUAUCAUUUCUUGUUUUGAUUCUUUUUAUAGAACCUACGUGAUCUCUUUUAAUUUCCCAUUAUCACUAUUUUGGCUCCAAAAUGGGAAGAUACGGUUGGCUAACGGCGCUAUGUCGGCGGCAUUUGCUAUCAUCUACGGCUGUAGAACCGGCGGUCGCUGGGGAAGAUUGCCACCGGAAAAUCUCUACAUUGCGCCGAGACUUUUUUCGUGAUCGAUUUUUGCACAGUUAUAGUUUUGCUUUCGGGAAAAGCACUCGUUUUGGGAAAACUGAAAUGCAGUUGAUGAAGUGCAGAUGUAUUUACUCUACAGGAAUUUGCAAUGCUAAGGAAUCAAGUUACUAUGAAAUUCUUGGCGUUCCUGAAAAUGCUAGCCAAGAUGAGAUUAAAAAGGCUUUUCGUUCGCUUGCCAAGAAGUACCAUCCAGAUGCGAAUAAGAAUAAUCCUUCCACAAAGAGGAAAUUUCAAGACAUAAGGGAGGCCUAUGAGAUAUUGAAAGAUUCUGAGAAGAGGGCAGAAUAUGAUAGGAGGCAUGCUAGAAGUUCAGAGAAGGUAGAGUAUGGUGCAUAUCAUGCAGAUUGGUUUGGAUAUGGUGCUGAUGAUGCAGAAAAGUUUAGAUAUGGUGCUGGAAAUGCAGGGGGAUUUUCAUAUUCUUAUCGAACUAAUUUCUCUGAUUCAUUCCAAAAAAUAUUCUCUGAGAUCUUUGAAGAUGAGACCAAUCAGUUUGCAUCUGACAUUCAGGUGGAGGUACUACUCUCUUUUACUGAAGCUGCAAGGGGAUGCACGAAGAACCUGUCUUUUGAUGCAUAUGUUCCUUGUGAUUCAUGUGAUGGACGUGGCUUUCCAGUUGAUGCCAAAACAAGAGUUUGCCCAACUUGCAGAGGCAUAGGAAAAAUUACAAUUCCUCCAUUUACGUCAACAUGCAGCGCAUGUAAAGGGUCAGGCCAAAUCAUUGAGGAUUACUGUAUGUCAUGCGGAGGAUCAGGUGUGGUUGAAGGUGUUAAGGAAGUUAAAGUUACAAUACCAGCAGGUGUUGAUUCUGGGGAUACAAUCCGUGUGCCAGAAGCUGGUAAUACUGGCGGACGAGGACGUCAACCUGGCAACUUAUUCAUUAAUCUUAAGGUUGCUGAUGAUCCUGUCUUUACUAGGGAUGGAACAGAUGUCUACGUGGAUGCUAAUAUUAGCUUUACCCAAGCCAUCCUUGGUGGUAAGGUUGACGUGCCAACUUUGUCAGGAAAAUACCAAGUAAAGAUACCCAAAGGGGUUCAGCCUGGACAACUUAUAGUACUAAGAGGCAAAGGACUACCAAAGCAUGGUUUUCUCAAGGACCAUGGAGACCAAUUUGUGCGGUUUCGCAUUAACUUUCCCACUGAAAUAAAUGAACGCCAGCGAGCUAUACUAGAGGAACUUGCUCUGGAGGAGAUAAAAAAUGAAAAUGGUACCUCAAUUGAAGGAAGUUGGUGGCAGCAUCUUCUUGAGCACGUGACGGGGCCUACAUUUAUGCUUGAAUUUUCUCUAUUCAUGUUAGCUUUGUUGUUCCUUCACAAAAUCAUGGGAUGAAUGCUGAAUCAGGAUGGCCUUCCAUGGAAACGUGCACUAAAAUCUGCAUUCGUAUAUUGAAUUCAUCAUUAAUUGGAGGUCUACUGUUAGAAGCAGCAUAGGCUCGGAGAGGAUACUGUAUGUUUCUAUGGAGUGGUGGGGAACGAUUCCUUUUAU